AUGGCGCGAGGUGGCGCGUGGGCGGCGGCGGCGGUGGUGCUGUGGUGGAUGGCGGCGGUCGCCGGGGCGGUGUGGCUGGAGAUCGCGCCGUCGGGGACCAAGUGCGUGGCGGAGGAGAUCCGGUCCAACGUCGUCGUCAUCGGCGACUACUCUGUCCUCUACGAGCACCAGCAGGUCCAUCCCACCGUCUCCGUCAAGAUUACAUCCCCUUUUGGGGACACCAUACACAAGAAAGAUAAGGUUACGGUGGACCAGUUUGCAUUUACCACAUCAGAAGCAGGAAAUUACUUAGCUUGCUUUACAGUUGACGGUGAUAACAAGGGUUUGGUGGUGAAACUAAAUCUUGACUGGAAAAUUGGUAUCGCGGCAAAAGAUUGGGAUGCUAUUGCUAAAAAGGAAAAGAUUGAGGGAGUUGCACUAGAGUUGUUUAAGCUUGAUGAAUCUGUCCAAACAAUCUAUGAAAAUCUGCUCGUGCUGAGGACCAAAGAAUCCGACAUGAGAGAUGUCAGUGAGCUGACGAAUGCUAGGGUCUUAUGGUUGAGCAUGAUGUCGCUCGGUGUUUGCAUUUGUGUUUCAAUUAUGCAGCUGGUGCAUCUAAAACGGUACUUCCGAAAGAAGAAGCUCAUCUGA